GACUUGGACAUAUGUGUUGCAACAACAACAACAAAAAAACGACCUGUGGGCAUAUGCCCAGUUUACCUUGAGAAUUUGAAAAUGUUAGGAUAUUAUUGCAGAAGAUUGAUUUAGGCGUAAUUGCUGUGGUCUGGCAUAUUCAUUUCCCACCAAGACCACAAUCAGUUGUGGACACCUUCACAUAAUAUAAUGUUAUGGAUUAUGGAUGUAAAAUCUGAUUCUAGGUCGGCAUGCUCCGUAUAACGUCAUACAUCCUAACCUUUCUGAGAACAGAGCAGGCCCGCCAUUUCCCUGAAUGCUUCUAGUCCUUUAAACCCAGCAGGAGUGGCGAUACGAAGACAGGAGACACACAGGGAUCCAGUGAGCGAGAGAUCGGGAUGAGAGAUGGGCAGAGAAUGAGUCAGCAAGAGAACCCACCAAAUCUACCGACGCAUCUUUAUUUAUGAAAUCAAUUUGAUCAAAGGCGUCAUUCGGAUCAACACUGAACUGAAAUAAUCAAGCUUUGGAUACGUUGUUUGAAUAUCUUUGUAUAAUUUUUCUUCCGCCUCGUCUUUUUCUUUGUUUUUCCCCCUUUCUUUCUUUUAUUUUUUAAAUAGACGGUGGACAGGCGGUGUCAACCGUGAAGAUUAUAUCAUUCAAUUAAUUUGGAACUUUAUAGACAUAUUGUGAUUUUUCAAAUUCUUUGUUGCAUCAAUAAACGAAGAUGUCGGGGCAGAGCAUUACUGACAGGAUAACUGCAGCCCAGCACAGUGUAACUGGAUCUGCUGUGUCGAAAACAGUAUGCAAGGCCACCACACAUGAAAUAAUGGGUCCGAAAAAGAAACAUUUGGAUUACCUGAUCCAUUGCACCAAUGAGAUGAACGUGAACAUUCCCCAGCUGGCUGACUCACUGUUUGAGAGGACCACCAGCACGAGCUGGGUGGUGGUCUUCAAGUCGCUCAUCGCCACACACCACCUCAUGGUCUACGGCAAUGAGCGCUUUGUGCAGUACUUGGCUUCAAGGAACACAUUAUUCAACCUCAGUAAUUUUUUGGACAAAAGUGGUUUACAAGGUCUCUCUCUCCCAGGCUACGAUAUGUCCACAUUUAUCCGGAGGUACAGUCGAUAUCUGAAUGAGAAGGCUGUGUCGUACAGGCAGGUUGCCUUUGACUUCACUAAAGUAAAACGAGGGGUGGAUGGGGUGAUGAGGACCAUGAAUACAGAGAAGCUACUGAAGACCAUCCCUAUCAUACAAAACCAGAUGGACGCCCUCCUCGACUUCAAUGUUAAUGCCAAUGAGCUCACAAACGGAGUGAUCAAUGCAGGGUUCAUGCUCCUCUUCAAAGAUUCCAUUAGGCUUUUUGCUGCAUAUAACGAAGGCAUCAUCAACCUGCUGGAGAAGUACUUUGACAUGAAGAAAACCCAGUGUAAAGAGGGCCUGGAUAUCUACAAGAAGUUUCUGACCCGAAUGACCCGAAUCUCAGAGUUCCUUAAAGUGGCAGAGCAGGUGGGGAUUGAUCGAGGAGACAUUCCAGACCUUUCCCAGUUCACAGUUUGUGCUCCCAGUAGCCUCCUGGAAGCUCUGGAGCAGCAUCUGGCCUCUCUAGAGGGGAAGAAGGUCAAAGACUCCACCGCUGCCAGCAGGGCCAGUACUCUAUCCAACGCAGUGUCCUCGCUGGCCAGUACGGGGAUGUCUUUUACUAAAGUAGACGAGCGGGAGAAGCAGGCUGCUCUGGAGGAGGAACAGGCUCGUCUCAAAGCACUGAAGGAACAGAGGCUGAAGGAGCUCUCUAAGAGGCCUUCCUUCGCCACCACAGACACGUCUCCUGUCUCCACCACCGGGGGCACUAUCAGCACAGCCCCGGCCAUCGACCUCUUCUCCACACCCAGCUGCUCCAAUGGUGCUCUGAAGAUGGAGAGUGACCUGUUUGACAUUCAGCAGACCUUUAACCCUUCAAUGCAGGCCAGUUCUACAGGGCUUCCUGUGGCCACAGCAUGGGCAGAUCCUUUCACCUCUGCUGAAGCUGCAGAUGACUCCGUGCCAAACCUUAACCCUUUCCUCUCAAAAGUCGUUGUCGAUGCCGCCGCUCACUUACCUGUCGUGUCCUCCGACGGUGUUAGCUAUUCCUCUAGGACGUCUGGUCAUGAAAUGUUUGGUGAUCGUUAUAAUCCCUUUACUGACACAAACUCGUCCGUUUCAACCAAUUACAAACGCACAGUGCGGAUAGAACACUCCAUCUCAGACUCCUUCUGUGGUGGUCCAGUGUCCAUGGCCCAGCACCUUCCACACCAGGCCCCCUACCCCACUGAGCCCUCUGCUGUAGAAGGUCUAUUCAGAGGGUACUCCACAGCAACACAGGCCCCUCCCCCAGGAGCACUCCAAGUGGACUUCGAGUCAGUCUUUGGAGCCAAAGCUACUGGCACUAACAAUAUUGACUCUGAUGACAUCCUGAAACCCACCAUGGUCAGCUCCAAUCAGGCGCUGUGCGCCAUCAAUCAGCUGUCAGACAAACUGGUAGGCGAUGACCUGGACUCCUCCCUGGCCAACCUGGUGGGCAAUCUCGGGAUUGGAAAUGGCACAACGAAAAAUGACAUCCACUGGAGUCAGCCGGGGGAGAAGAGGCUGACUGGCGGAAGCAACUGGCAGCCCAAAGCAGCCCCAAACACCACCUGGAACCCUGUCUCCAUGACCCCCCCGGUCAUGGCAUACCCUGCCACAACACCCACAGGCAUGAUGGGGGGAUAUGGCAUGCCACCCCAACAGCUUGGCUCUAUGGGUAUGAUGAACCAACCCAACAUGAUGUACAACCAGCCCAUCAUGAGGCCGCCCAACCCCUUCGGCUCUGUAUCCAGUGCCCAGCCCUCUGCAGCCUCUAGUCCUUCCAGCCAGAGUCCUCUCCGAGCCCCUGGACAGGACCCAUUUGCACAGCUCUCUCUCAAGGAUUUCUUGUAGAGCGUCUCUUAGAUGCAGUUCAUGUAAUAUGAAGUGUGUCUCAGAAGAUGAAGCACUUAGCAGCAAAGCUUUGUCCUCAUUGCCAGUCUAACUCUUCAGAGAAACGUUCACCCCUCCCCCCAAAUACAGACAUGUCAAGAACACAAUGAACAGUGCAAUGACUGGAGGAAAACCAUGGAAACCAUGUCCAAAUGACUUUGGGAAGAAGAUAAUUCACCACCUGUUUAUUCUGUCAUUUGUCCAAGACGUCAAGUGAUGCUGCUGUUUAAAAAAACAACCUAUAGGGAUUCCUCAUCCAUUUUAUCAUCUGUAAAGAUAGCUAUGGGUGCUGAGAAACUUUGAUAUUAUGUAUUUGGAAAUACAACUGUGGUUUGCGUGUAACAGCUUGGUGUUCGAAUCUAGUGGGAGGGGGAG